CGAGACCACCGCCCCGGUAGACCCCUAUUCCGAUGCGUACAACGCGCCGCCUCCCUCCUCAGCUGCCCCGCCUUUGGAUCCCCGAGACUCCGUCACUGUGCGUGGCCGUUCACGCUCGAGGAGUCCGAUGCGUGGUGGUCGCAGCCCUCCACCAGCUUACCGUAGCAGAAGGUCUCCUCCGCCCUCAAGGCCGAAGCACGCUCCCGUGCAGAACCCUCAGCCCUCGAACGUGCUCGGUGUCUUCGGGUUGAGCAUUCGAAGCACAGAACGUGACCUCGACGAAGAGUUCAGUCGAUUCGGUCGCGUUGAAAAAGUGACCAUUGUCUAUGACCAGCGUUCUGACAGGUCUCGUGGAUUCGGCUUCAUCAAGCUUGCCUCAGUCGAAGAUGCCGCCCGUUGCAUCCAAGAGUUGAACGGCGUUGAACUCAAUGGCCGCCGUAUUCGCGUUGACUACUCUGUUACUGAACGUCCCCAUGCUCCAACGCCGGGCGAAUAUAUGGGUCAUCGUCGCAACACAGGUCGGGACUAUGACCGCCGUGACCGUGGCCCGUACCGUGAAUCGUACCGGGAGCGCGACAUUAGGCGCGACUACGAUGAACGGGAUAGAUAUUAUGAUCGUGAGCGCUAUGACCGCUACGAUCGCUAUUCAGAUAAAGACCGGUACUCAGACAGGGGUCGGGAUCGCGACCCAUACGGACGAGACCGAGACUGGCGUCACCGCAGCCCAGCUCCAGUUGGGCGCUACGGUUCUGACCGCCAUCGCCGCAGCUACAGCCGUAGCCCACCCCGUGGAAGUAGCCCUGCUCGUAUAAGGGAUUACGACAUACCGCCGGCCUCCGCAGCCGCGCUCAAUGGCGACCCACGUUGGUGAAAACCACGAAAACAAGGUCUUCACAGAUACUUGUGCCAAUCACUUGACAAGAGGAUUGACUCGUGCAUGGUCGGCAUGGUCGGUACUCUGACAAGCAGACAAGUUUUCUAGGCUGGAAGUGGAUCAAGGUCCAAGUCCAUCCGAAGCACCAUCAAGCAUUUAUCAAGUUUCCAUUGCAAUUUUUCUCUGACUCUAGUUCAAUAUUGUCUCAAAAUCUCUCCAAAUUUACUUUCCGAGAAAACCCAGAAAAUUAAGAAAAAAGAAGAUUGGCCCGCGACCCGUACAUUUUAGCUCGGGGAUAUAUAUGCUCAAGUUUUCGUCCUUGUCUAUGCUAGUCUUUGUCGCUUCAAUUCUUGCCUGUAAUGCCCCACAACUUACUCGCCUAAUGCGAUCUCUCAUUGGCCUGAACAAAGUAGCGAAGAAGUCAACGACACCGCCUUGGUG